GGAGCCCAGCGCCGGCAUCAGGCCCAGCAUGUCGGGGCUGGACCUGGCGAAGAAGAGCCACAGGAAGAUGGACCUGCAGCGGGAUUUUUCCGUUGCCUCCCCAGCUGAGUUUGUCACCCGCUUUGGGGGCAACCGUGUCAUCGAGAAGGUCCUCAUUGCCAACAAUGGCAUCGCUGCUGUGAAGUGCAUGCGCUCCAUCCGCCGCUGGGCCUACGAGAUGUUCCGCAACGAGCGCGCCAUUCGCUUCGUGGUCAUGGUCACCCCCGAGGACCUCAAGGCUAACGCAGAGUACAUCAAGAUGGCAGAUCACUACGUGCCUGUCCCUGGAGGGACAAACAACAACAACUACGCCAACGUGGAGCUGAUUGUGGACAUUUCCAAACGGAUCCCAGUCCAGGCCGUGUGGGCUGGCUGGGGACAUGCCUCAGAGAACCACAAGCUGCCAGAGCUGCUGCAGAAAAACGGGAUAGCUUUCCUAGGUCCCCCCAGUGAUGCCAUGUGGGCACUGGGGGACAAAGUGGCCUCCACCAUCGUGGCUCAAACCCUGGAGAUCCCCACGCUGCCAUGGAGUGGGAGUGGUCUGGUGGCCCAGUGGUCUGAGGAGGACCAGAAGGAUCAGCAGACCAUCAGCAUCCCCCUGGAGACGUAUGCACAGGGCUGCGUGAAGGACGUGGAGGAAGGCCUGGAGGUGGCCAUGAAGAUCGGCUACCCCCUGAUGAUCAAGGCAGCAGAAGGUGGCGGGGGCAAAGGCAUCCGGAAAGUGGAGGCAGCAGAGGAAUUUAGUGCCUGCUUCCGGCAGGUGCAGGCGGAGGCGCCCGGAUCCCCCCUUUUCCUGAUGCAGCUGGCGCAGCACGCGCGGCACCUGGAGGUGCAGGUCCUGGCAGAUGAGUACGGCAACGCCAUCUCCCUCUUCAGCCGCGACUGCUCCAUCCAGCGCCGCCACCAGAAGAUCAUCGAGGAGGCGCCGGCCACCAUCGCUGCCCCCUCUGUCACCGAGGUGAUGGAGAAGUGUGCUGUCCGCCUGGCCCAGAUGGUUGGGUACGUCAGUGCAGGCACCGUGGAGUAUCUGUACGGGGAGGACGGGAGCUUCCACUUCCUGGAGCUGAACCCCCGGCUGCAGGUGGAGCACCCGUGCACGGAGAUGGUGGCAGACGUGAACCUCCCGGCUGCCCAGCUGCAGAUUGCAAUGGGCAUCCCCUUGCACAGGAUAAAAGACAUCCGGGUGCUGUAUGGGGAGAGCCCCUGGGGGGACACCCCCAUCUGCUUCCACAGCCCCUCCAAACCCCCCAUGCCCAGGGGCCACGUCAUUGCUGCCCGGAUCACCAGCGAGAACCCCGAGGAGGGUUUCAAGCCCAGCUCAGGGACGGUGCAGGAGCUGAACUUCCGCAGCAGCAAGAACGUCUGGGGGUACUUCAGUGUGGCAGCAGCCGGGGGGCUGCAUGAAUUUGCUGAUUCCCAGUUUGGACACUGCUUCUCGUGGGGAGAGAACCGGGAAGAGGCCAUCUCGAACAUGGUGGUGGCCCUGAAGGAGCUGUCUAUCCGUGGGGAUUUCCGGACCACAGUGGAGUACCUGAUCAAGCUGCUGGAGACUGAGAGUUUCCAGAAUAACGAGACACACACGGGCUGGCUGGACCACCUGAUCGCUGAGAAAGUGCAGGCAGAGAAGCCAGACACGAUGCUGGGGGUUGUCUGUGGUGCCCUGAAUGUGGCAGAUGCUGCUUUCAGGACGUGCAUGACUGACUUCCUGCACACGCUGGAGAGGGGCCAGGUGCUGCCAGCAGCAUCCCUGCUGAACAUCGUUGAUGUGGAGCUCAUCUAUGAGGGUGUGAAGUACAUUCUGCAGGUCGCCCGCCAGUCGCUGACCACCUACGUGGUCAUCAUGAACCGCACUCACAUCGAGAUCGACGUGCACCGCCUUAACGACGGGGGGCUGCUGCUGUCCUACGACGGCUGCAGCUACACCACCUACAUGAAAGAGGAGAUCGACAGGUACCGCAUCACCAUCGGCAACAAAACGUGCACCUUCGAGAAGGAGAAGGACCCGACGGUGCUGCGCUCGCCCUGCGCGGGGAAGCUGCUGCAGUACAUGGUGGAGGACGGCGGCCACGUGGACGAGGGGAAGGUUUAUGCGGAGAUCGAGGUGAUGAAGAUCGUCAUGACGCUGGCGGUGGAGGAGGCGGGGCGGCUGCACUACAUCAAGCGGCCCGGAGCGCUGCUGGAGGCCGGCUGUGUCAUCGCUCGCCUCGAGCUCGAUGAUCCCUCCAAAGUGAAGCCUGCACAGCCAUUCACAGGGGGGCUCCCAGCCCAGCAGACCCUCCCCAUCACUGGUGAGAAGCAGCACCAGGUUCUCCGCAACGUGCUGGACAACCUGACCAACGUCAUGAACGGCUACUGCCUGCCCGAGCCCUACUUCAAGACCAAGGUGGAGGAAUGGGUGGCACAGCUGAUGAAGACCCUGCGGGACCCUGCCCUGCCCCUGCUGGAGCUGCAGGAGAUCAUGACGAGCAUUUCGGGAAGAAUCCCGCUGGCCGUGGAGAAAUCCAUCCGGAAGGUGAUGGCCCAGUAUGCCAGCAACAUCACCUCUGUGCUCUGCCGCUUCCCCAGCCAGCAGAUUGCCAACGUGCUGGACACCCACGCAGCCACACUGCAGAGGAAGGCUGAGCGGGAGGUCUUCUUCAUGAACACACAGAGCCUGGUGCAGCUGGUGCAGAGGUACCGCAGUGGCAUCCGGGGCUACAUGAAGGCAGUGGUGCUGGACCUGCUCAGGCGCUACCUGCAAGUGGAGACCCAGUUCCAGCAUGCUCACUACGACAAGUGUGUCAUCAGCCUGAGGGAGCAAUGCAAACCCAACAUGACCCCUGUGCUGGAGAGCAUCUUCUCCCAUGCCCAGGUGGCCAAGAAGAACCAGCUGGUGAUCAUGUUAAUUGACCAGCUGUGUGGCCGUGACCCCACGCUGACAGAUGAGCUCACGACCAUCCUCCACGAGCUGACACAGCUCAGCAAGACCGAGCACUCCAAAGUGGCACUGAGAGCCCGGCAGGUGCUCAUUGCCUCUCACAUGCCCUCCUACGAGCUGCGGCACAACCAGGUUGAGUCCAUCUUCAUCUCUGCUAUCGACAUGUAUGGACAUGAGUACUGCCCUGAGAACCUGAAGAAACUGAUCCUGUCAGAGACCUCCAUCUUUGAUGUGCUUCCCGUGUUCUUCUACCACACCAACGAGGUGGUGCGCAUGGCAGCGCUGGAGGUGUACGUGCGGCGAGGGUACAUCGCCUACGAGCUGCACAGCCUGCAGCACCAGCAGCUCUCUGAUGGCACCUGCCUCGUGGAGUUCCAGUUCAUGCUGCCCUCCUCCCACCCCAACAGGAUAUCCGUCCCUAUCAGCGUCUCCAACCCUGACCUGGCCCGGCACAGCACCGAGCUCUUCAUGGACAGUGGCUUUUGCCCCACGAGCCAGAGGAUGGGAGUCAUGGUGGCCUUCCGCAGAUUUGAGGACUUCACAAGGAACUUUGAUGAAGUGAUCUCGUGCUUUGCCAAGUCCCCAUCGGACAGCGGGCUCCUCAGCGAGGCACAGGCCACCACGUACGAUGAGGACACCAAGAACAUCCGUGAGGAGCCGAUCCACAUCCUUAACAUUGCUCUCUGCUCAGCUGACCAUGUGGAAGAUGAGAAGCUGGUGCCCAUCUUCAGAGCCUUUGCCCAGUCCAAGAAAAAUAUCCUUGUUGAAUGUGGUCUCCGGAGAAUCACGUUCCUCAUUGCCCAGCAGAGAGAAUUCCCGAAGUUUUUCACGUUCAGAGCCAGGGACGAGUUCGCAGAGGAUCGGAUCUACCGGCACCUGGAGCCGGCGCUCGCCUUCCAGCUGGAGCUGAGCCGCAUGCGCAACUUCGACCUGACAGCCAUCCCCUGUGCCAACCACAGGAUGCACCUGUACCUGGGGGCUGCCAAGGUGCAGGCGGGCACCGAGGCCACCGACUACCGCUUCUUCAUCCGCGCCAUCGUGCGCCACUCCGACCUCAUCACCAAGGAGGCUUCCUUCGAGUACCUGCAGAACGAGGGUGAGCGGAUGCUGCUGGAGGCCAUGGAUGAGCUGGAGGUGGCCUUCAACAACACCAUUGUACGCACUGACUGCAACCACAUCUUCCUCAACUUUGUGCCCACUGUCAUCAUGGACCCAUCCAAGAUCGAGGAGUCGGUGCGCUCCAUGGUGAUGCGCUAUGGCAGCCGCCUCUGGAAGCUGCGGGUGCUGCAGGCUGAGGUGAAGAUCAACAUCCGCCUGACGCCCACUGCCACCGCCAUCCCCAUCCGCCUCUUCCUCACCAACGAGUCCGGGUAUUACCUGGACAUCAGCCUCUACAAGGAAGUGAGGGACCCCAGCACCGGCAGCAUCAUGUUCCAGUCGUAUGGGGACAAGCAGGGGCCGCAGCAUGGGAUGCUCAUCAACACCCCCUAUGUCACCAAGGACCUGCUUCAGGCCAAGCGGUUCCAGGCACAGUCCUUGGGCACCACCUACGUGUAUGACUUCCCAGAGAUGAUCAGGCAGGCUCUGCUCAAGCUGUGGGGCUCCUCGGACCUGUAUCCCAAGGACAUCUUGACCUACACUGAGCUGGUCCUGGACUCGCAGGGGCACCUCGUGCAGAUGAACAGGGUCCCUGGAGGGAAUGAGGUGGGGAUGGUCGCUUUCAAGAUGAAGCUGAAGACCCCCGAGUACCCCAAAGGCCGGGACAUUGUGCUCAUCUGCAACGACAUCACGCACAAGAUCGGCUCCUUUGGGCCCGAGGAGGACCUGGUGUUCCUGAGGGCCUCGGAGCUGGCACGGGCCGAGGGCAUCCCCCGCAUCUACAUCGCUGCCAACAGCGGCGCCCGCAUCGGCUUCGCUGACGAGAUCAAACACAUGUUCCAGGUGGCCUGGGUGGACCCAGCCGAGCCCUACAAGGGGUUCAGGUACCUGUACCUGACUCCCCAGGACUACACAAGGAUCAGCACCAUGAACUCGGUGCGCUGUGAGCACGUGGAGGAGGGUGGCGAGUCCAGAUAUGUCCUGCUGGACAUCAUUGGGAAGGACAAUGGAUUUGGGGUGGAAAACCUGAGAGCUGCUGGUACCAUCGCUGGGGAGUCCUCCCGUGCCUACGAUGAAAUAGUGACCAUCAGCAUGGUGACUUGUCGUGCCAUCGGGAUCGGUGCCUACCUGGUGAGGCUGGGCCAGCGUGUCAUCCAGGUGGAGAACUCCCACAUCAUCCUCACGGGUGUCACGGCUCUCAACAAGGUGCUGGGACGGGAAGUUUACACAUCCAACAACCAGCUGGGAGGAGUGCAGAUCAUGCACAACAAUGGUGUUUCUCAUGUCACUGUCCCAGAUGACUUUGAGGGGGUCUACACCAUCCUGCAGUGGCUCUCAUACAUACCCAAGGAUAACCAGAGCCCAGUGCCUGUCACUCCCAUAAGUGACCCUGUUGAAAGAGAAGUUGAUUUUGUCCCUUCCAAAGUCCCCUAUGACCCCAGGUGGAUGCUGGCAGGGAGACCCCAUCCAACUCUCAAAGGCACCUGGCAGAGUGGCUUCUUCGACCAUGGCAGCUUCAUGGAGAUCAUGAAGCCGUGGGCUCAGACCGUUGUGGUUGGCAGAGCAAGGCUGGGAGGUCUCCCCGUGGGUGUCAUCGCUGUUGAGACCCGCACUGUGGAGGUGACAAUACCUGCUGACCCUGCCAACCUGGACUCAGAGGCAAAGAUAAUCCAGCAGGCUGGACAGGUCUGGUUCCCAGACUCUGCUUUUAAAACAGCCCAGGCCAUUCGGGACUUCAACCGAGAACACCUCCCGCUGAUGAUCUUUGCCAACUGGAGAGGCUUCUCCAGCGGCAUGAAAGACAUGUACGACCAGAUGCUGAAGUUUGGCGCCUUCAUCGUGGACAGCCUGCGGGACUUCAAGCAGCCUGUCCUGGUGUACAUCCCCCCUCACGCCGAGCUGCGCGGCGGCUCCUGGGUGGUCAUCGACUCCACCAUCAACCCCCUGCACGUGGAGCUCUAUGCUGACAAGGAGAGCAGGGCAGGCAUUUUGGAGCCUGGAGGAACAGUGGAGAUCAAGUUCAGAAAGAAGGAUUUGGUGAAGACUAUGAGAAGGAUCGAUACAGUUUAUGCCAAGCUUGUUGAGCAGCUGGGGACCCCCGAGCUGUCGGAGGCGCAGCGCAAGGAGCUGGACAAGCAGCUGAAGGCGCGGGAGGAGCUGCUGCUGCCCGUGUACCACCAGGUGGCCGUGCGCUUCGCAGACCUGCACGACACCCCGGGCCGCAUGCAGGAGAAAGGGGUCAUCACGGAUAUCCUGGAGUGGAAAAGCGCUCGCUCCUUCCUCUACUGGCGGCUGCGGCGGCUGCUGCUGGAGGAGAUGGUGAAGGGGGAGGUGCUGAAGGCCAACAGCGAACUCAGCCACAUCCACAUCCAGUCCAUGCUGCGGCGCUGGUUCAUGGAGACGGAAGGAGCUGAGAAGGGCUACCUCUGGGACAACAACCAGGUGGUGGUGGAGUGGCUGGAGAAGCACAUGCAGGAGGAGGACAGCACCCAGUCAGCCAUCAGGGAGAACAUCAAGUACCUGAAGAGGGACUACAUCCUCAAGCACAUCCGGAGCUUGCUCCAGGCCAACCCCGAGCUGACCAUGGACUGCAUCGUGCAGAUGGCUCAGCACAUCACCGGGCCACAGAAGGCCCAGGUCGCUCAUCUCCUGUCCAGGGUGGACACUGAUGACCCCUCCUGAGCUGGGCAAUCACCAUGGGGUAGGAGAAACACCAGGACAUGACCAGACCUUACCUGCCCACCUGGUUCCUCAGCCCUUGAACUGAAGCCUUGGACUCUUGCUCACGUGCCUAAAUAAAGGACACCAGUGCUUUUAAGUAUUUUAAGCCAUGGAGAUGGUCUUACCAUCCAUGCAGAGUCCCCUCUGGCACUGGGGGUGCUGCCAGAGGGGCAGCUUGGCAGAAGAUGAACUUGUCCUGAGCCAAGCCUGGAAUCUGAAGCUGGUGCAGAACUUGGUUUUAAAAAGAAUCCAAAAUAUUUUCCUGUUUUAGUUUAGACCAAGCCCUGGCCUUGGUCUUUCAAACCAGCACAAGGUCAGACACAUCUCAUGAGACUGGACAGAGCUGGAGGCACAGACCCCUGGCCAGGACCAGUGUCUGCCCAGCUGGAUUCAAACUGACCAAGACCAGGAAAUGAGAAGCAGCCUCCAAGUGAUGCUUUAUAAACUGUGAGGAGCAAUUUCUGUUGUCCUUCCCCUUGCUGGGGGGCAAAGAGUAGAUGUGUCCAUGAGCAGCUGAAGGAAAGACCUAAGUGAGCUAAUCUGGGAGCUGCUCCUGUGGGAAUGUCCAAGGAUCCACCAGGGUCUGGCUGACCUGAGUGUUCCUCUCACCCAUCUCAUGUCCUUUCUGGCUCCUGCAGAGCAUGGAGAGGAGGGAGGAUGGUUCCAGGUGCUCCAGCCCCAUUGACCUUGUUCCUCUUUGGAAGCAGCAGAGCCAGGGGGAGCUGUCACCUGCUCGGACCUGUGCCCUGCUGCUCAGGUAGCCUUUGAUCAUCUUGGUCAUGGAGGGGAAAUUGAGAGUUUUUCCAGUGCUUCUGGCUGUGUCAUUUCCCCAGCACAGAUUUACCUUGGGCUCCAAAGGAGGAGAUGGGAUGGGGGUGGAAGGUGGGACACCUGGCUCAAAUGCAGUGCUGGUCUUGCCAUGGGGUGAAGGUGUUGGACACCUUCUGGGGCUGGGUUGGGGGAU